CACAAGAACAAAAGAAGAAAGUGAGGGGGAUGAUAAGAAGAAGAAGAUGCUUCUGUCAGCUAUUUUCACUUCCACUGUACCGCUAGCUACCCACCACCAUUAACGCUUCACUUUGCAAGUUGAAACCCGAAGCUGCAUCUUUGUUCUCUCUCUCUCUCUCAUUCACUUCAUUUGCCGUAGGGGGGGAGAAGAGUUUUUGCUCUCUUCUUCUUGGUUUCCUGAAGUGAGAGAGAGUGGUGUUCUUGGGGGGUGUUUUCUUGGAAAAGUUGGAUCCCGUUUGAGGGAAAGGUGAAAAUGGAAGGUGGGUCGAGGUUGGAGAGAGAAAGUAAGGAUGGUAGGAAGAGGGGUGAGAGAUUGGGAUCGGUUUUGGAACCCAGGAUUGAGCCUUUUGUACCCCAGAGAGGGCAUGAUCCGAGGGAGUUGAGAUCUUGGGCUAAGAGGACUGGUUUUGUAUCAACAACUUUCUCUGGUGAGACUGAGAGAAGUGAGAGUGGGAGGAGGGAAGUGAAUGUGGGUAGGAGUAAUGGUAAUGGUGGCCAUGGUGAUAGGUUUGAUUUGGAGAAGGGAGUUCUUGAGAAGAAUGAGUCUAUAUCACCCAAGAUUGAGAUUGAUCCUAUUCUGGGCAGGACUAGGCAAAGAGGGCCCGAGAUCGAACCAGCUUGGGGGAGGGAUAAAAAUGGGGUUUUGGGGUUUAGAGAUGGACCAAUGAGAGGUGAGAAUGAGAUGCGGAGGAAUGGGGCAGUGGAGGCGACAUUGGACACAACAAAUGCAGUGAGAACAGACGGGCGUAAUGGGAAUGAAAAUGGGGCCAUAAAUGGAAAUGGGCAGGGCGUUGGGGAAGAUAGGUCGGCAGUGGAGCAAAAGACAGGUGAUGGAGAUAUGGGAAGUGCUCUAGGUGGUAAUAUGUAUCCUGAUGGAGAUGAUUCGGGUAAUGGGGUAUGGCAUUCUUCGCCUAAAAUGAUAUUGGGAUUGAAGGAUAAUCCUGGUUAUGUGCCCAUUAUAUUCUAUAGCUUGCAACACUAUCUAUCCUUGGCCGGUUCUCUUAUUUUCAUUCCUCUGAUCAUUGUACCUGCAAUGGGUGGAACCGAUAAGGAUACUGCUACAGUAAUUUCCACUAUGCUGCUACUCUCUGGCAUCACAACAAUACUUCAUACACACUUUGGUACUCGCCUCCCACUGGUUCAAGGCAGUUCAUUUGUUUAUUUAGCACCUGCAUUGGCUAUAAUGAAUUCACGAGAGUUCCGGAAUCUGACCGAACAUAGAUUCAGGCACAUUAUGAGGGAAUUACAGGGGGCUAUAAUUGUAGGCUCAAUUUUCCAGUGCAUAAUGGGCUUCAGUGGUUUGAUGUCUCUAGUCUUGAGGUUCAUAAACCCUGUGGUGGUUGCACCCACAGCUGCAGCAGUGGGUUUAGCAUUUUUCAGCUAUGGUUUCCCUCAAGCAGGUGCCUGUGUGGAAAUUAGCCUUCCGGAGAUAUUACUGGUUCUUAUUUUUACCUUGUAUCUUAGAGGAAUAUCUGUGUUUGGCAACAGAGUUUUUCGAAUAUAUGCGGUUCCCCUAAGUGUUGUAAUUAUAUGGGCAUAUGCAUUUUUUCUGACAGCUGGUGGGGCAUAUAACUAUAAAGGGUGCAGCCCGGACAUACCUAGUUCCAAUAUCCUAAUCGAUGCUUGUCGGAAGCAUGCAUAUACCAUGAAGCACUGCAGGACAGAUGUUUCUGAUGCAAUGAGAAGUGCUGCAUGGGUUAGGAUCCCAUACCCUUUACAAUGGGGUAUUCCUAUCUUCCGGUUACGAACUUCAAUCAUUAUGAUUUUCGUAUCACUUGUUGCGUCAGUUGACUCGGUUGGGACCUAUCAUACUGCAUCCAUAAAAAUCAAUGCAAGAGCUCCAACCCCUGGCGUUGUUAGUAGAGGAAUUGGGUUAGAAGGUUUCUGCAGUGUGUUAGCUGGACUUUGGGGCUCAGGGACCGGGUCAACUACCUUGACGGAAAACGUGCAUACUAUUGACAUAACUAAGGUUGCUAGUCGAAAGGUUGUGGAAGUUGGAGCAGUUUUCUUGAUUGUCUUCUCAUUUAUAGGUAAAGUAGGUGCUAUUCUUGCUUCAAUACCACAAGCUUUAGCAGCGGCCGUCCUGUGCUUCAUGUGGGCUCUGGUUGUGGCGUUAGGUCUCUCGACACUGCAGUACACUCAAACAGCAAGUUUUAGAAACAUAACCAUAGUCGGUGUUUCUUUGUUCCUCGGUUUAUCCAUCCCGGCAUAUGUUCAACAGUACCUGCCUGAGUCCAGUCUGAUUUUACCUGGUUACCUUAUCCCAUAUUCAGCAGCCUCUGAUGGACCAGUCCACACUGGAAGUAAAGAACUUGAUUUUGCCAUCAAUGCGCUUCUUUCGCUCAACAUGGUGCAAGAACGAGGAGUUUACAUUUGGUCGAACGCUGAAGACAUAGCAACAGAUCCAUCCUCACUUUCAGACUACAACCUCCCAAGUAAGGUAUCUCGUUGUUUCCGUUGGGCAAGAUGUUUAGGUGUUCGGUAACAUGCAAGAACUGUGGGAGAUAAUUGUGUUAGGAUGUCGUCGUCUAGGUUACACUUAAAUAUAUACUUAUGAUCGGAUAGAUGGACAGAUUUUCUUCAACAGAUUUCAAAUUCUUGUACUGCUGGAGGGUGGCCCUGGCUUCUUUGUAAUGUAAAUGAGAACAUGGGCAUGCAGUUAUAAUUUCAUUGUAGUACUACGCAGUUGGCUUAUCCAUAUAUACCAUGGGAUAUAAUGUUACUAGGGAUGGCAAUGGAUCGGGUGGAAUGGGGUCCACUGGGGCUUUGGGUUUGGAGAGGGUUUUUAUCUUAUGGACCUGGUAACGGGUCUUGACUCAAGGUGCAUGGUGGAUUCGGCCGACCUAGGAUCGGCAUAGACCAACUCGAAAGCUCCGUCUAGGAUCAGUCUACUUAUUGUUUAUGGUUGGUUUUGGGACG